UUUCUAGCCAAAACCAUGCAGACUGAACAACAAAAAGAGCCACAGACCGCAUCAAAUGCGGUCGAAACCCAGGAAGAGACCGCAAAAACUAUUUUUGAUGAUAAAUUAAGCUUUAAUUUAAAACAUCCAUUGGCAAGACCCUGGACAUUAUGGUUUUUGAUGCCUCCUACUCCAGGUCUUGAAUGGAAUGAACUUCAAAAAAACAUAAUAACCUUUAACAGCGUGGAAGAGUUUUGGGGAAUUCACAACAACAUCAAUGCUGCUUCCAGCUUACCCAUAAAAUCUGACUACUCCUUUUUCCGUGAGGGUGUACGUCCUGAAUGGGAAGAUAUUCACAAUAAAAACGGUGGUAAAUGGGCUUUCCAAAACAAGGGUCGUGGAGGAAACGCUUUAGAUGAAAUGUGGCUUACUACGGUACUUUCUGCUAUUGGAGAAACUUUAGAUCCUACUGGCGAAGAAGUGAUGGGAGUUGUUGUCAACAUGAGAAAGGGUUUCUAUCGUUUGGCUGUUUGGACAAAGACUUGUACGAACCGUGAGAUCCUUUUGGAUAUUGGCAAUCGCUUUAAGCAAAUAUUAAACCUGCCUCGUACUGAGACCAUUGAGUUUAGCGCUCAUGAAGACUCUUCGAAAUCCGGUAGCACUCGUGCAAAGACUCGUAUGAGUGUUUAAACUAGAACGCUCUAUUUAUGUGGAUAUAUAUAUGUAUAUACAUAUUCAUAUACAUAAACAUAUAUUUCGGGUGAAAAAAGCAAUCGGUUGGUUCUUUUAAAUUGAUACUGCUAUACCGUUCGUUGUAUAGUAUCAUAUGUAGUUUUCUAUUUGCUACGCAGAUGUAAUAAAAUUGCUAUAGAAACAAUAGACAACAGCCCAUGGGCUCUAAAUGAGUUUGUACAAUGCAAUGCAAUGCGAGAAUUAAUGAUCCCAUAAAUCUUGCUUAUUUUGUUCACAUC